CUUCUUCACCUACUAUUUCAAAAUGAAAUACACUCUUUUCACCGUCUUGGCUGCGGCCUUUACAUCUUUUGCGAAUGCAUACACCACUCCAGUUGGAGACCCAGAGGGAAACCCAAUUGCCAAGCCCGGGCUCGGCGAGAUUGUCCCAGUUGGCUCUCCUUACACCAUCACUUGGAAUGUUGGUUUUCAAUAUUUGAACACUUGAGAAAGUUUGUGCGUAUACUGAUCGCUUCGCAGCCCACCACCGAGGGAACCGUCACUCUCGUCCUCCUUCGUGGUCCUUCUACCAAUGUUAUUCCUCUCUACCCUAUCGUUGAGAAGAUUCCCAACACUGGUACCUACUCAUGGACCCCGGCCACCGAUCUUGAGGCCGAUGUCUCCCGGUACGGGAUCCAGUUGAUUGACGACGCUACCGGAAAGUACCAGUACACUACUCAAUUCGGCAUAUCCAACUCCAACCCCUCUGUACCUUCUUCGUCUUCGUCUUCGCCCUCCAUCUCACCCGCUUCCGUCACACCUACUUAUUCAAAGUCUUCCUCUUCCGUCUACGUUCCCUCAAGCAGCACUACUGCUACCAGCGGAUACGUUACCAGCGGAACCAUUAUCUACUCCACCUCUAUGCUCACUGUCACCUCGUGCGGAGCUGCAGUCACCAAUUGCCCUGGCAAGCCAUACACCACCCCGCCCGUCUGGAUUAAUCCCGCAUCGAAUACAACUGUUAGCAAGCCCGUCUACCCAACUGGUGGAUACCCCACCGCUGUUCCAUCCACCAACGUUACCAAACCGUCCGUCCCUGUCAUUCCCGUGUCCCCGGGCGCUGGCGACAAGGUCCGUGUUGGUAGUGUCAUGUUGGUUGUCAUGGUUGCUGGAUUCGGUACGUUUUCUUGAUCCCCUUGUCUUUCAUCCAUCUCUUGUAGCUAACUUGAACGCAUAAACAGCUCUACUCUUGUAAACCCUUUUUUUUUUCCAACCUUUAACGAACAUUUUUUUUUUUCGAAGCGAGGGGAGGAAAAACAUGAAAAUCCCGGAGAUAUAUUCCUUCUUUUUAAAGAAGAAACCCUUGCCACGUGGAACAUGAACUAUCUUUUGGCCCGCUGGGGACAGAUUUGAACGCGAAAAAUUUCCGGGCCUUUUUACAUUCUUUUCUUCUUCGAAAACAACCUGUCAAAUAAAGUUCUAAAGGGGAUGGUCUUUCAUUCCGUUCAAUUUUACCUACAUACCCUAAUGGCUCUGCAUUCUCUUGCUCUUUUGGCGAUUUUCGUUGUACCGCUUUUACAUUGCGGUUAUUAUAUUUCUCUUUAUAUCUUUCGACCGGAGUCGCAGGUGGAUAUUAUGGAGUCGCUUGAGUACCUGUGAUCUGGAUUAAUGACGAAGCAUCUUAUUUUUUACAUUCUGGAUUACCUUCUUUGUACUAUAUAUUUUUUUCCUCAGCGAGACAUCUAUAGUACACAUAGCUAGAGCUAUUAUUAUUGUCUAUUUUACUCGUCCUAGGCAAAGAAGUAUCUAAAAUCAAGGAUUUUCAAUAUAUGGAAAAAAUACCCGCGCAUAGAUGAGCACACAAGAAAACUCACAACUCGUGUUUCUGGAUACUUCUCAUCUGGGACGAAGCCGACCUUGGGGACUUUUGCGCAGA